UCCACACAUUGAUGGCUAGAUAGCAUUAGUAACGAUGGAGACUCUUAGCAUCAUUUUUAGUGCAUUAUUUUUAUUCAGUCCUGUGGUUAGUGAAAUAAAAAAUAAAGGUUGGUGGAAAAAUACAGUGUUUUAUCAAAUUUACCCAUGGAGUUUUAUGGAUUCCAAUAAUGAUGGGAUUGGAGAUUUAAAAGGGAUUACAAGCAAGUUGGAGCACUUUGUUGAUUGUGGAGUAGGUGCAAUAUGGCUAUCUCCAAUAUUUCAAAGCCCAAUGGUCGAUUUUGGAUACGAUAUUUCAGAUUUUCGAGCAAUCGAUGAAAGGUUUGGAACUAUGAGUGAUUUUACGGAUUUAACGGCAAAAGCAAAAACACUAGGUCUGAAGGUUGUUCUUGAUUUAGUACCAAACCACACCUCUGACAAACAUGAAUGGUUUCAAAAAAGCUUAGACAAUAUAUCACCAUAUAAUGAUUAUUUUAUUUGGAAACCAAACAAGACGGGAAAUAUACCGCCAAACAAUUGGAUAAGUGUAUUCAGUGGUUCUACGUGGACACAUAGUGACAAGAGAGCUCUUUCGUACUUUCAUCAGUUUGAUUACCGCCAACCAGAUUUGAAUUACGCUAACCCGCUGGUUAAAACUGAAAUGGAAGAUGUAAUUAAAUUUUGGUUAGGUAAAGGUGUCGAUGGAUUUAGAAUAGACGCAGUGCCCCAUCUUUUUGAAGAUGACAAACUUACCGAUGAACCUAGAUCUAAUAAUCCCACUGCAACAGAUAGAGAUUAUACCUAUUUGAAUCACAUUUAUACUAAGGAUGAUCCACGUACUUAUGACCUCGUUCUAAGCUGGAGAAAAGUGUUGGAUGACUGGUCAAAUGCAAAUAAUGAAGAUGAGAAGGUCAUGAUGACAGAAGCAUACACAAGUUUAGAAAAUACGACGAAAUUUUAUAAUUAUGGUUCACAUAUUCCUUUCAAUUUUAAAUUUAUUACGGAUGUAUCUGUCACAUCGAAACCAGAAGACUUUAAAAAUUUAAUUAAUACAUGGUUAAGUCAUACACCAGCAAAUGGAGUCGGUAAUUGGGUAAUGGGCAACCAUGACAGACCUCGAACAGAAAGUCGGUAUCCUGGUAGAAGUGAUCAAAUGACAAUGCUGGCCAUGAUUUUACCAGGUGUUGCAGUAACAUAUUACGGUGAAGAACUUGGCAUGAUCGAUAAGACUGAUAUUAGUUGGGAAGAUACACAAGACCCUCAAGGAUGUAACGCUGGCAAAGAAAAAUAUCAAUCUCGCUCUCGUGAUCCAAAUCGAACACCUUUUCAGUGGGACAACUCAAAAAAUUCAGGUUUUUCAAAUGGCAUCCCAUGGCUCCCUGUACACAGUAAUUAUCAUUAUUUGAAUCUGCAAAACCAGAAGCAAGUGGAAAAUUCUCAUUAUAAAGUUUAUCAAGCUUUAACCAAUUUGAGAAAAACAUCUCCUGCACUUAGAAAUGGUACUUUAAAUAUCAUAACAAUAGACAGCCAAAUAUUAUUAAUAAUCCGACAGGACUCAGAAGAAACAAUAUCACUAAUUAUAAACUUUUCGGAUAUGGAAAGUACAAGUAUUAACUUGAAUUCACAUGUACCAAAUGCUAAUAAAAUGACUACCGUUUUGAAACUUGCUGGAUCAAACUUACCUGGACUUAAAUGGGGAAAAGAGGUGGACACAUCAAAUUUAAAAAUUCCAGCAGGCUCAUCUUUAGUCUUAACAUCUAAACCAAAAUCAACUAAUGCAGGGAUACAAACGAAGCCAACGUUCAAAUUUUUAUUCAUAAUUUAUGGAAUUUUAACUUACUUUUACUACAAAUAACUUCUUAAAAUAAAAUUAUUUAAUCUGAAAUAGGAACGAUAAAAUUAAGAUUACUUUUGGUUUUUCAUAAAUUAUUUUUUAUUCAGAAAACAGAAUUUGGUGUUAACAUGAAAUCAUAAGAAAAGGUUUUUCAGGACAAUAAAGAUUUAUAAUGUUAUUUGCUAAAUUUAUUUACUAUAGGGGAGACUACCGUAGAAUGAAAAAUAAAAAUUUGUCGGUUACUUGACAUGUAUAAUAUACCUACUGUUUAUUAAAAGGUUCUAUUCAAAAAUGUUAUUCUGAUAAGCUUAGAUUUGUAAUGUAAUUAAUAAGGAAGAUCCUUAAUAAAAGUGA